CAGCUCUUUCCAUUUCGGAGGGUUCGUCGGGAGAAAUCCAGAGCUAGGGUUUACUACGCCCCUUCUGAGGCACGCAACGGGCGGCGCGUCGAUCGGAGGACGACGACGAUGGGAGGGAAGAAGGGAGGAUCGGAUGGGUUGGGGCGCGCUCUGAUCAAGCAGCACAACCAGAUGGUGCGGCAGUCCAAGGAGAAGGGCCGUGCCCUCCGCCUCGAGCAGCGGCGCGUGCUCGAGUCCGUCACCGAGGUCAGCGACAUCGACUCGAUCCUCGAGAAGGCUGCGGAGGCCGAUCGCGUCUACUCUUUCGACAAUCCCUCACCUCAUGUCCUCAUCAAUCUGGACAGGGACGCAAGUUCGGACACGGAUGGAAUGCCAGUAGAGGAGAGGCGCAAGCUGCAGAAACAGGAGGAGGCUCUGCAUGCCAGCAGUCUCCGGGUCCCCCGCAGGCCUCCUUGGAAUGCUCAGAUGUCAGUGGAAGAACUUGAUUCCAAUGAAAAUCAGGCCUUUCUAGAGUGGCGGAGGAAUCUUGCAAGACUAGAGGAGAAUGACAAACUUGUACUUACUCCUUUCGAGAAAAACCUGGACAUCUGGAGACAGCUUUGGAGAGUGCUUGAAAGAAGUGACCUACUUGUUAUGGUGGUUGAUGCUCGGGAUCCAUUGUUUUACCGUUGUCCAGAUCUUGAGGAAUAUGCACGGGAAAUAGAUGAACACAAGAGAACGCUGCUGCUUGUCAAUAAAGCAGAUCUUUUACCAAUUGCCAUAAGAUGUAAAUGGGCAGAAUACUUCAGUCAUCAUGGUAUUCUCUUUGUGUUUUGGUCUGCUAAAGCUGCUACUGCUGCUCUGGAAGGCAAACAGUUGAUCAGUCAAUUUGAAGAAGAGAAAGUGUCAAAAGAGCUCAGCCAGUCAGACUUGGACACCAAGAUAUACGGCAGGGAUGAGCUCUUGGCUCGUUUGCAGUCAGAAGCAGAGGCUAUUGCAGCGUAUGGGAGGUUCACAGACAAGGAAAGUCACAGUGGAAAACAUUCAGAGACUAGUUCUAUAAAUCUAACAGCUAAGCAAGUUGUUGUGGGGUUCGUUGGUUAUCCAAAUGUUGGUAAAAGCUCUACAAUAAAUGCUUUGGUGGGACAAAAGCGGACUGGGGUUACAUCAACCCCUGGUAAGACUAAGCAUUUCCAAACACUGAUUAUCUCUGAUGAGCUUGUACUUUGUGACUGCCCUGGUCUAGUGUUCCCUUCCUUUUCCAGCUCAAGAUAUGAAAUGAUCGCAUCAGGAGUUCUGCCCAUUGAUCGGAUGACCGAACACAGGGAAGCAGUGCAGGUUGUAGCUAACAGGGUUCCCAGAAACGUCCUUGAGAGUGUAUACAACAUCACCUUGCCAAAGCCAAAGGCCUACGAAGCACAAUCUCGACCACCCUUGUCCUCGGAGUUGCUCAGGACGUAUUGCUCAUCUCGUGGUUAUGUUAGCUCAAGUGGGCUGCCAGAUGAGACUAGAGCUGCACGUCAGAUCUUAAAAGAUUAUGUGGAUGGGAAGCUUCCCCACUUUGAAUUGCCACCUGGAGCAGAUACUGAAGAUGUAGAAGUGAAUGCAACAGAUGACAUGGUAGAUCGAAAUUCUCUAACAGAUAAUGAGCCAGAUGCUUGCGAUUCUGAUGAAGCUACUAUCUCCGAUAUCACUGGAGUUGAUGCCCGAGAACAUGCUCUAAGCAACGCUCUGAAUGAUCUAGAGUCAUUUGAUUUGGCCAGUGAACUCUCAUCGAAUAAAGCAGCUGCAGCAAAGAAGAAAAGCUCAGACUCCACACAUAAGCAUCAUAAGAAGCCCCAGAGGAAGAAAGACCGUUCGUGGAGGGUGGGAAAUGAUGAUGGUGAUGGAAUGCCCGUUGUAAGAGUGUUUCAAAAGCCUGCUGUUAAUUUGGCUAACAUAGGAGCCUCCAAUAGAUAGACUUUAUGUUUCUUUACAAUGUUUGGCAAAACAUAUCAUAAAAAUUGCUUGAUAAUGCCAAUAUAUCUUGAGCACUUGUAAAUUGUCAUUAGCCGAUGUUACUAUUUUUGGAUGUUGUAAUGUGAUUUUGAUAUUGGGAUAAAUUUCGCCCUGUAACUUUUUUA